CUGUCUCGCGGCACAUCCGCCUGACUCGCGCGAGCGUGUUUACAUGCAGAUUGCAAGGGGCAGAAUGGACAGACCCGCGUGAAGCUCUGCAGAUUAGUGGUUAGUGGACUGUGGUCUCCAGGCCUAUGAGGAGAACCAGGAGAUUCUAACAAACAUGCAGCACCCAAAUUUCGAAACGCGACACCCGCUGCAGUCGGACGAGCAGGAGACUGGUUACGACCCUCUACAAAACUACAACAAGAACAUUGAAAAAGAGUCACUGGAUGUUCCUGCCGAAUCUACGUUUGUGUCAUACAGAAAAGAGUGGGACGAUUUGUUCCAGAACAGUAACUACCUGGCGAGGAUCAGACAGGCAGGCAUUAAUGGACGAUUACGCAGCAGUCGUUUUCGGAGCAUAUGCUGGAAGCUUUAUCUGGAUGUCCUGCCAGAAGAUAAGAGCCAGUGGAUCAGGCGAACCAAGGCACUCCGAGCUCAGUACGAGAAGAUCAAGGAGACUCACAUUACAAACCCUCGCAAAGCUGCAGGACAACAGGACCUGGUUGUGAACAACCCGCUGUCACAGGACGAGGGGAGUCUAUGGAAUAAGUUCUUUCAGGAUAAGGAGCUCAGAGGAAUGAUCAAACAGGAUGUCUUACGAACGUUUCCAGAGAUAUUGUAUUUCCAGCAAGAGGAUGUCAGGACGAAGCUGACUGACAUUCUUUUCUGUUACGCACGAGAGAACGAGCAGCUUUUGUAUAAACAGGGCAUGCAUGAGUUGUUGGCUCCUAUAGUGUUUGUUCUGCACUGUGACCACCAGACGUUUCAGCAUGCAAGUGAGACGGCCAAUCCCAGUGAAGAAAUGAAUGUCAUUCUGGAUCCAACCUUUCAUGAACAUGAUGCCUAUGCCAUGUUUUCUCAACUUAUGGAAACAGCCGAGCCCUGGUUCAGUAGUUUUGAGCGGCAGGUCAGAAAGGGCAAAGAGGAAAUGUUGACCAGCAUCCCCUUUGCAAGACCACAGGACACUGGCCCGUCUGUUGCCAUAGUGACCAAAGUCAACCGAAUUCAGGACCAGCUAUUAAAGAAACACGACAUUGAACUAUACAUGCACCUUAACAGAUUAGAGAUAGCGCCUCAGAUCUAUGGCAUUCGCUGGGUUCGACUGCUGUUUGGUCGUGAGUUUUCUUUGCAGGAUCUGUUGGUGGUGUGGGAUGCUCUUUUUGCAGACAGCAUCACAUUAGACCUGGUGGACUAUGUGUUUGUUGCGAUGCUUCUGUACAUCAGAGAUGCAUUGAUCGCUAGUAACUUUCAGACGUGUCUCGGCCUUCUGAUGCACUACCCUCCGAUCGGAGACAUCCACUCACUUCUGCUGAAAGCACUGUUCCUCAGAGAUCCUAAGAAUAAUCCUCGGCCAGUAAACUAUCAGUUCCAGCAGAACCUCGACUACUACAAAACAAGAGGGGCCGAUCUAGUCAACAAGACUCGGGCCGGCACAAAAGCACCACCUCUCAACAUUAAUAAAGUGUCCAGUUCUCUUAUCAGUUUUGGCCGAAAGCUCAUCGCUCCAAUGGGAGGCGGCUCUAGCGGUUUUUCGCCAAUUAACAGUGAGGUGAUAUCAGCUCCUCCCCCUCAAGCUCCAGUGCCACACCCGUUGGCUGAGCCUCCCACUUGCACCGCCCCCUCCAACACCCAGAUGAGAUCGCAGCCAUUUCCACAAACAUAUCAUCAGCAUCGACUUCUGAAGUCAGAAAGCAUGCCUGUGCACCUCAGCAAAGAUGCAGGUUCUUGUGGAGCCUCUCAAAUAUCUCUCCCAGCCCAGAUUCAUUCUGAUACCCCAGGCCACACCCCUAGGAUGGUUAGCUCCUCCCCUAGCAGUGAAAGUCUGUCUGGUGGGCUGGACCAUACGAUGUCUUCCCCUCCUCUUCCUGUGUCAAGAGGGGGGCGAGACUCCAACACAUCGUCUCCCCCCUCUUCCGCCACGAGGAAAGACUCUUUCUUUAAUAUUAGUCGCUCACGGUCGCACAGUAAAACCAUAAAUAAGAAAGACGCGGAGGAGCUGGAAGCCCAGGUGUCAUUUUUACAAGGUCAGAUUAAUGAUCUAGAGGCUAUGAGUAAAUACUGCGCCAAGAUGAUGAACAUGCACAUCGGCAAAAUUCAAGAUGUGAUACUUCAGGAGCAUCUGGAGAAGGAAGAUGAAGUUCUGGUGUCACUUGCUGGACUCAAACAGAUUAAGGACAUCCUUAAGGGUGCGCUCAGGUUCAACCAGAGCCAGCUGGAGUCGGAGGAGAACGAGGAGAUCACCAUAGCUGACGAUCACUACUGUUCUUUACAAUAUAGCACACUAAAAGACCAGAGUGAUCCAGACGGCUUGUCCACAAACACAGAUGAUUCGACAAACAGUCAAAUAAAGGAACCACAGCACCACAGUCAGCAAGAAGCCGAAACGGUAGCAGAGAAAGAAGAAGAGGAGAAGGUUUUGACCACUGCGAGUGUUCCCUUGAUACCUGAGUCCCAGGCCGCUGAAGGGAGAAACUGGGAUGACUACAUCUUGAUAUCCCAGGAUGGAGAGCCGUCCGAGAGUGAGGAGCAAACCGCAGCCCGCACAGCACCGCUUUAUAAGAAUGCGCACGUCCUAAACAAAGCAGAUUUUCAAGACCCUUUGAUGGGAGCCACAUCAGGAUCAUCCAGUCCAGAUGAUGGGAGCACUAACAGCAAAGACUCUGACUUUACUAUUGUAAACCCUACUGACCUUUGAAGCCUAACUCUCUAUGAAUCCUUAAAUAUGACUGUACUUAUCUUCUUCAUGGGGGAAAACUCUGCUGGAUGUUUGCACAUAUGAACUCGGGCUGAUUGCCUCAUGUGCCCCCAUACCCUGAUACUGUAUCGCUAAACCCAGUUUCUUUAGUCGUGGAUCUCUGACUUUGUAUUUAUCCUAAAUUAAAACUUCCCUGUCUCUGUGCUCCAAACUCAUGGCACCGUAUUGUGUACCCGAGAUCCUUUGCUUCGUUAUCUAAAUGUGCUAUCUAAAGCCAUAAGAGCCUCACUUCAAUGGGUCUCCAUCGUGUAGCUUUCUUUAAAAUGCCAUACUUGCUAAACAUUUUGGACUUUAACUUGAUUUUACAUGUUGUUCUUCUAGAUCAAUAUCCUGUGAAAAACAUUAACAGACACUCUCUGCCUCUGACAAAGAUUAUAUUAUGCUUCUGUAUUUUUCUGACUGUAUUGAUAAGGAUGAGACACUGACAAAUGCUUUAUCUAGCAAGAGAGGGCAGCAAUGUAUCAUUAAGUGUGGACUAAACCUCUCUCCUCCUCCCUGUCGUUCACUUACUCAUUAUUGAUUGAUUGAUUGUGAAUCAGUGCCUGAAUUAUUUUUCCACAGUUUUAAAGUCUUGAUUUUAGUCCAUACUCCACAAUAUAGUAUUUUUUGUUAUUUGUCCAUGCCUUGUUUUUUUUUAAACCCAAUGAUAUGUGAAACUUUUAUGUUAUUUGCCAUCUGUGGUUUCUUUCUUUUUUUGGUUCCCGUGAUAACUGUGUUGUUUUGCACAUGACACGUGGGAUGCUCUAAUACUGAUAUCCUAUUAACUCUGGAUGAAUAAAAAGCAUUACUCUUGCCUAAUCCAAAA